GUUAUCGUGCGGUUAAGCAGCGUGGUCUCAAAAUAUAGUGCAGCAAAAGCAGUUGGUGUGACGGUGAAAUAGGCAUUUGGUGGCGAAAAUCUCUGCAGGGAUUGUACCAGUUGCGUCAGAUUGCAGGAGGAAACUACUGAAAACUACAGAAAUGCUACGUUUGAUUCUUGUAGUAGUGCUGUUAGCCGCACCAACCUUCUCAAAUGCUGAACGACGGCGGGCAUAUUACCGAAAAACAACCACAACCAGCACUGCAGCGCCGAUUGUAGAGGAAACCUCCAGUUCCGAGGCCAAAUAUCAUGAUAGCGCAGGGGAAGGUCUGUAUACGGUUGGCGAUUCAUUUACAAUAGGUGGUGGUUUUUCUUCGUCCACGCCCAGGGAUAACAUUGCCAAAGGAAGUGCCUUCAAGCCUGUCACUAGCAGCGGUGAUAAACUGACAUCGUUCUCUGAAUAUGGAUAUGGCGGCACACAGAUAUCCGAUCACAAUGACUCUGGCUCGGACGAAGAUUAUGGAAUCAACCUGAAAAACAUUAAACCUCUCAAAUCAUCCUCGAGUUCCAGCAGUUUCAAACCUUCUGGAUCAUUUGAUUUUCUGAACACUGACUAUUUGAAAUCACCUUCGGACAGUAAAACGAAAACCUCCUACACCAAUAAAUUUUCAAUUUCCCACCCCAAUCCCACGAAAUCAUCCCUGACGGGUAAGGUUGACCAUUUGGACGAUUCAACCGAGUAUGAAAUAUACUCCAGCUUAAAGUCCGCCAAUAGUUACAAAACCUCGUUGAAUAAUCUAGGUUUAUCGAAAAACUUACCAUAUGAGGCUAUUUCAGGAUCAUCACUGAACUUUGACGGUAAGGUGAAGAAGCUGUCAUCUUUCUCGUUUGACGACUCUGCACUUGCAUCGUACACUUCCAACAAGAACAAGAAGAACAAACUUUCACUAGACGACGACUCCUUCGGAGGUGGCAGCUCAUUUGGACUCAGUAAUAACUUCGGUGUCGGUAAGCUCGAUAAUCCUUUUUCUAGUGGUGGUAAGUUCACCAACCCUUACGGGUUCGGCGAGCCACCAUUGGUAAAAUCAGCUGUGUCGACACUGAAACAUUUUGGCGCUGGACUUUUAGGUAAACUUGAUAAACCAUCUUCCUCCCAUUAUGGCAUUGACAGCGAAGAGAGCGGUUUUGGAAGUUCAAAAUUCAAAGCUUUUGGCAAAGGUAGUAGCGGAAGUAGUAGCUUCAAAAAUAAAUAUAACCUUGAUAGCGACGAGUCCGGAGAGAUAUACACGAAAGCAAAGAAUCCAAAACUGCACUCAUCCUAUGGCACCAAACUGAAAUCCUCCCACAACACAGAGUUUGAAAGCGACUUCGAUGUGAAAAACAUCAAGCUGCCUGGAACUCUCAACACGUUCAGACCUAACAACUUCCCUAAAUCGACAAAACACAAAUCCAAAUAUGGUUCCGACAUUGACAACCCUAACCCGCUUGAAUUCCGACCUAACUUCAAACUGCAAGAUGUACCAAAUCUGUAUCCCGAUGAACAUAUAGGUGCAGGGAUUGCCGCCAAGGGUCAAAUCGAGAACUUUCUCAAUGCGGAACACUCCUUCCGGAACGAACCAAUCCGAACGACGCACUUCCUCGACGGUCACCCCGGCAAAAAGGGUCAGUAUAAUCAGUUUUUGAAAUCUCAGGAGGAUGAACAGUUCGAAAAGGAAGCUCUAAAGGCGCAGAUCGAAUACUUGAAAGCCCAAGCCUCGAAGCGGCCAGUUGCUGAAGUGAGACGCCCACCCGGUCCCCCACCGUCAGCGAAGAUCAAUUCAGGCCCACCACGGGGUCGUCCAGUGCGACGUAUUCCGCAGCUAGCUCCGCUUGGUGCUAAACAAUCCCGACCGCCAGUGAGGAUUCCGCAUUACAACGACAGACCGUACAGUAUUAGCUUCAAGCUCUAAAUCUAUGGUGACCCAAUCGGAUCCGUGGACGGAAAAGUAACGGAAUUGAGGAAGCAACCGUGCAAUUUGCCUUGAUGGAAAUAGAGUAAUUUAGUCGAUAGCAUUAGCAUUUAGGUAUUUAUUAAUUAUAGUUACUAGUGCGCCAAUUUUAGAUAUGAGUAGAAAAAAAUACAAAUGAAAAUUCUCAAACCU